CUCCGGAACCGGCGGUCCGGCUCAUCCUGUCCAUCCUCAUCGGGUAUCCUUGUGCUCUGCUGUACCGCCGCCUGCUGUUCCACCAGCCUGCCACAGUGAUCCACUUGUUCCACACCUUCUCUGGCUUGGCUCUAGCAGCGUUUAACUUUGGUGAGACUGAAGGUUUUCUGCUCUUCGUUAAACAUUAAUGUCUGGGUUGAUUUCUGACAAACCAUGGACUUUGUUCUCGUCACCAUCCAUGUUCUGUAACGUUCUUUCUCAGGUUCUUCAGAGCUGCGUUUUAACAGAACAAACAAACCUCGACGUCGCCUCGCGUUUUAUCUGGAUAAAGUUGUUCUGAAGGUCGUGAGAUCUCCGCUCCUCCUGCUGCUGAUGGUUCUAUUGAUCUAAAGAUGUUCAAUCACUGUCAAACAUUUCGUUUAUUAGAACAUAAGACAAAGAAAAGCAGAACAUCAUCACCUUCCUUUUAACCUGAGAACUUCCUGAAACAUUCAUUAAAUAGUUUCAGUUGAAUUUUCAUGAGCUUCAGACAUAAAACACGUUCCGAUCAUUUUAUUAUUUCAUCUCACUAUUGUUUACUUUCUGGAUCAUCAAUCGGAUGUUUGGUUCUUAAAUAUCUUAAAAUGUUAAAAAUGUGAAUCAGAGUUUCCGCACAUAUCUCGUUUAGUCCAGAGUUCUUCAGUUUUUGGUCACAGAGAAAGAAAGAAACCAGAAUAAUUACUCAAACUCAUUAGUCGAUCAGCUGUUUGGUCUCAGAAAUGUGAUAAAAUGGUGCUGAUAAGUUUCUUAAAGUCUCAGAUGUGGUCUUCAGAUCUCCAUACUCAACAUUUCUGAUUCCUGAGUCGACAGUUUUCUAGAAUAGAACAUGAGAACAUCUAGUAGAAUCUAAUCUAAUCUAAUCAUGAAUGAACUGAGCAGUCGUAGAUAAACGGUCCAAAGUUUCACCCCUUAAUCUGUAAUUCUGUCCAGAGUCGGGAAGACGUGCUGAUAAAAACCUCUCUGGUGGUAAUUUUUCAUGUUAGAAGUUAAAAAAUGUUUAAAAAGUGACACCGACGGAGCAGCAGGACAUCCAAGCAAUGCCAUCAUCAGUUCUGAGGGUUCUCUGUGAUCUUUAGGUCCAUACUGUAGCCGGGAGAAGGUCAGAUUUAGAUUACAGACCAACAUGGAGACAACUGGUCUGCUUCGUCACCUCAGAAUAAAAGUAUCUAAUCUCCUGCAGCAUGUCUAAAGGCCAUUAUGACCUCAGAAAGGAGAACGAGUCAUUUUUCCUUCACAGGUCCAAAAUAUUCAGUUUGGUAGCAGCACUACUCAAAAAUGGACGAAUGGGUUUUGAUGAAAUGUUCAGAGAAGGUCAGAAAUGACACAAGGACCAAAUCUUCUAGUCUUCUAGUCUUCUAGUCUUCUAGUGUUCUAAAGUUCUAGUGUUCAAAUCUUCUACUCUUGUAGUGUUCUAAUUUGUCCCGUGUUCUAAUCGUCUAGUCUUCUACUGUUCUAGUCUUCUAGUCUUACAGACCUGCAGACUUAUCAGAACUUACACCCCCUGUCAAACGUUUUAGGACACUUUCUCAUUCAAAUAAAGUAGAACCUGUCCUAAAACUUUUGACAGGGGGUGUAUCUACCAAAUUUGGUACACAUAUGCAGCACAUCAGGCUGAACAAAAAAGUCAGUGACAGCCACAUUCCAAACCCAACAGGAAGUGAGCUGUUAUGCGUUGAAUAUCAGGUUUUGCCCAUUUUUCAUUUUUUUCUAGAGUGAACUCCUCCUAGGGGGAAACUCUAAUUCACCUCAAAUUGGGCCAGUACAUACAGGAGGCCUUAAUGAUCCAAAGUUAUUAAAAUCUUUUUCCAAAGACAAAGGGCGUGUCUGUGGCGGCCUCUGGAAUUUUGGUCCUUCGCCAUGCAAUUUCAAGUGCCGUGUAAAUGCCCUGAACAUGCUCCAAUCUGCCUGAAACUUUACAUGUAUGAUCAGAGUCCUGCCCUGAUCACAUCCAUGUCAUGAAAUACACCCCCUGUCAGAAGUUGUAGGACAGGUUCUACUUUAUUUGAAUGAGACCGUGUCCUCCAACUUUUGACGAGGGUGUAUACAUCAGAAAUGAUACGAGGAACAGUUAAUUAAAUUGUGGCGGUGUUUCUGAGUCCCAUCAAUUCCCGUCGCCCGCUACAUGUUUAGGUCACGCCAUCCGGUAUCCGUACAUAAUGUAAACAUGGAGAACACACGCCUGUGUUCAGCGCAAGGUCAUUUUUUAUUAAAUAUUUAAUCCGUCGGAAAUGAUGCGACUGAGCAGCCUUGGCGUAGUUCUCUGAGUGCUUUUCUGGUUUGUUUUGUCCAACAACCAAAGCCCAAAGUCUCAGAGUUCAGAGCUGCACAGAUCAUCAGUGUGUAACAGGAGAAAACAUCACUGGUCACUUAUUUUCAAACCUUCCGGUCCUUCCACUCUCUCAGAUGUGGAUAUUUUUUUCAUAUCACAGUAAACUGGACCUUUUAAAGCUUGAGUAGAUCAAUAACUCGUGUUUAAUGACCAACAAAACUCCUCCGAACAAAUGAUUAACCUGUCAGUUAUUGUCUAAAUUAUUGCAAACAUGAAUGAAGCUCUAGUUUAACUUUGUCCGAGAAAAUUUAAAAAACCUGCAAAUAUUCACAAUUUAAAACUGAAUCUGUGAAAUUUUAUCAUUAAAAAUAUAUAUCUGAUUAAUUAAACACAUUUCAGCUUCACAGUUAACUUGUCUGAACUCCGUCAUGUGAUGACAGCAGUAAUGUCCCGUAGACAGGUCAAUAAAUAAAUAAAUGAACGGAUGAAUAAAUGAACGGGUGAAUAAAUGAAGGGCUGAAUGUAAACUCUGACUUGUCUCUCCUGUCUCUGUUGUGCUGCUCUGGGAUUUUACAGCAGGCUCUCAGCUGUGCCACUCAGCAGUAUGUGUGUUAGUUCAGUUCCUGAUGCUGAGGCUGAUGGGGAGAACGGUGACGGCCGUCCUGAGCAGCUUCACCUUCCAGAUGAUCUACUUGCUGGCAGGUUACUACUACACGGCCACCGAGGAGUACGACAUCAAGUGGACCAUGCCCCACUGCGUACUCACGCUGAAGCUCGUCGGUAUGUCGUUUGAUUACUACGAUGGCGGGAAGGAACCGUCCCAGCUGAACCCGGAGCAGAAGAAAGCCGCCCUGUCGUCGGUUCCGUCGCUGCUCGAGGUCUGCGGGUUCUCCUACUUCUAUGGAGGCUUCCUGGUGGGUCCCCAGUUCACCUUGAGGAGCUACCAGAGGCUGGUGGCCGGAGAGCUGACCGACUGUCCUGGAAAACCCGCCAACAGUGUUGUUCCGGCGAUGAAGAGGUUCGGCGUGGGUUUCCUCUGCCUGCUGGUUUACGCCAUCUUCAGCCCUUAUUACCCCGACAGCUACUUCCUGACAGCAGAGUACGAGGCCCAGCCCUUCUGGUACCGCUGCGUCUUCAUCCUGCUGUGGGCCAAAAUCGUUCUGUAUAAAUACGUCAGCUGCUGGGUCAUAGCAGAGGGAGUGUGUAUUCUGUCUGGACUCGGCUACAACGGCGUGGUUGACGGGAAGCACCAAUGGGACGCCUGCGCCAACAUGAAGGUCUGGCUGUAUGAGACCACACCGCUGUUCUCAGGAACCAUCUCCUCCUUCAACAUCAACACUAACUCCUGGGUGGCCAGAAACGUGUUCAAGCGUCUGAAGUUCCUGGGAAACAAACCUUUAUCUCAUGUUACCUCAUUGUUCUUUCUGACCAUCUGGCAUGGCCUCCACUCCGGAUACUUCUUGUGCUUCUCCAUGGAGUUCUUCAUCAUCACUGUAGAGAGACAGGCCCAGGCUCUGGUCCGGGACAGUCCUCUGCUCACCAGACUGGCCAACAGCCCCCUCUAUCCCUUCAUCUACGUGGUCCAACAGUUCAUCCACUGGCUCUUCAUGGGUUACCCCCUGGUGCCGUUCUGCCUCUUCACCUACGACAAGUGGCUAAAGGUUUAUUCUUCCAUCUACUUCUGUGGUCACGUUUUCUUCCUCGUGGUCUAUUUAUCGAUGCCGUACCUCCGUAAGGCUCUGGUGCCGAAGAAAGAGCGCAGAGACAAGAAGCAGGAGUAAAGCUGGUACGAGGACUUGGCAUGGUCGGCUGAGGCUGGAUCUCCACUGAAGGGAACUGUGACUCUCAAGGAGCAGAACGGGAAAUAUUUUAAGGCCUUUAGUAAUAUAUAUGUCCAUGUACAAAUAAAUUUCUAUCUAUUUUUGUUUUUCGGAGGGGACGAGGUGUUUUUAUAAGCAAAUGUUUACAGGAAAUUACCGUUGUGCCACGUGGGGGAAUUGUGAGCCAAUCAGGGGCAGUUUCCUGUUUAUUUAGUUUGAGAGACUCGAUGCUGUCGACAGACUUGCACUCAGCAGUGACGGGUUCAGUCUUCGUUUUUGUCCAGGUCUGAGGAGGUGAAGCCGACUGCAGCUCCGGAUUGAAAACCGCAGACAGACGCUGGUGUUUAAUAAUCAGGGGCUGCCAGUGGUUCUACAAACUGUAAAUCACGUGUAUGUUCACCAACACCCGACUCCAAAUGGCCUUGUACUGAUGAAUGUUUUACAGUACAUUUGUUCUGGUUUUCAUUUGAUUUGUGAUGAAAAAACAAGACUUGAUUUUAUAGAGUUUUAACAGCUUUUAUGAAAACCAACGUUUUGUAGCUUUUUGGAUAAUAUUUCAUGACCGAUGUUGUCCCUGUGUUUCACUCCUCUGAUUUCUACUCUGGAACCACAUGUCAAAGUGAAGAACCAGUUCGUGUUUCACUCUGUGAGCUGAAGCUGUUUGUCUCCUGUUCAGCCGAAAGAGUAAAAACCGUCUUUAUCCGGAGCUGCAAUGAUUAAUCGAUUUGCUGUCAACUUCUACUUUAACCGCAGACGUAUUUAUAAUCGAUUAAUCACUUUGAGUCUUUUACUCAAAAAUAAACAGUCUAAUUUCUCUGA